AUAUAAAAAUAGGCAAGACGUUUUGGGUGAGAGUCUUUCAAUUUUGAAAUUUUUCUAGAGAAAGUUUAGGUAGAUUUUAUAGUAUUUAAUAAGUUAUUUGUAAGUGAUUUUUUUCCUUUUAGUAAGGCUCAUUUUUGUAGUUUGUCUACUUCAUCAAGUACACCUUAAAAUUGUGAUUGUUUUUUCCUAAGUAAACUCGAAUAACAAGAAUAGGGAUGGAAAAUGUUCUCAGAGAAACAUGAAUUAACAUGCCAUGAAUGUUUGGGUUUAAAGUGCAAUGUAUGAAGAUAAGUAUCAGAAGUAUAGGAAGAUAAAAAUGUGUUUUCUAAGGCAUUCAGUAAAAGCUGUAACUUUUUUCUUAAUCUUCAUAUAUUCUAAGAUUUGUGUCUCUAGAGUUAACAGACCUGAAAUUUAAACAGACAAGUUUGUUUCUUCAAUAAGGUAAUAUCUGCCCUUCAAUCAAUCUGUGAUGCAGAAGAAUUAAAAGGUCUGCUGGACUUGUGGACUCUAAACCUGGGUUAUAUGAAAUAUUUAGAUGAAAUACAAUAAAGACAUAAUUGAUAAUUUGCCAAAAUUCAUUUGUAUCCAACCGAAGAGGAUCUCCACCCAAAUUCAUUUGCCUUACUUUUAAAUGGGCGAGCAUCUUACAUUUGUCUACUUAUUUCACAACAGUAAUCUAAAUCUGGUAUUGAAAGCUUUAACAUGAUCUUAAUUAAAGCUGAUGUUGAUUAAAACUGAUGGAAUGCAAGACUUUCCCUUCAUCUUAAAUUUCUUGCAUAUAAUGAAGAGUAUUUGAAUGCUUCAACAGCGUAAAAUCUUCACCUUUUAAUAAUUGGACAGGAAUAUAUGAGGUGAUUUAAAAGCAAGUGAAACAUUCCUCUGUUUUUCACCACAGUGAAAGGGUAUGGAAUAGUAAUUGUAGUGGUUAAAGUGUUGGAGUGACAGAUGUACAGAUAAGUUUCCACUUGACCAGCGGCCCCCAACCUUUUGGACACCAGGGACCAGUUCAGCGGAGAGAGCUUUUCUGCACAUCGGAGGGGGUGUGGUUUCAUGUGCUGCCUGCAUCCUGCGGAUGGGGGCUCACUUGAUUCUGUGGCCCAGUUUCUGGUAUGCCGCAAACUGGUGCCCAGGGUUUGGGGCCCCCUGCACUUGACCCCAGGCUUCAUUGGAUGGUAUUGGGCCAGUAACUUAAAAGAAAAAUGAUGCUCUUAGCCACAAAAGAGCCAGCAUACACUUGAACUGAUUUCUUUUCCUAGAAUUCAUUUUAAAACUAGUCAUGGAACUAGUCAUUUUAUUUUCAGUCAUGGAAAAUAAAAGUUUAGGAGUGCUAUAUUUGUUUCAUUAAGACCCAUGGGACGGAAUAUUCUGAAUUCUGAGUAAGUAUAUAGGCUUUGACUGCAUUGUGACUAAGAUUUGUUCUUGGUUUUCCAAAGUCUUGAAAUAUUUCCUGCCAGCUAAUUACUGUUUAUUGCAGCUAACCUUAGUCCUCAAAUAGCAACUUUUUCCAUCUUAAAAUGGGUUGUCCUAUUCAAGUGAAGAGUAUGUUGUCCGAGUGCUAAAUGGAGUUACUAGCAGUGGAAACUAUGCUGCAAGAGGAGUUGAUAAAGCAGCUGCCUAUGAAAACCUCAGCUGAUUUUUCCAUACUCCAGAGCAAAGUUAAUUAGCAUAGGGAAACUGACUAACAUGCUUACGUCACCUCUUUCCAGCUGAAGCUUACAUUUUGUCCCUGAUAGCCUGAAACUAUGUGGCAGAACUUUGCUCAGGAAUUUGCUGUCACAUACAGGAUGCUCUAAAACUUGGGGUGUUGGGUUUUUUUGUGCCUGCUGAGGGGCUGGACUUGGUCUCUUUUAUAAGCUGUCUUUCCAGUAUUGAACUGCUUCUUCGAAAAGAGCUUUUCUUGGUUGUGUGCUGAGCUCCUGACAAUCUUUACAAGAAAGCAAAAAAUGCAUUUCAGGAACUUUGAUUACAUUUUUGGUUCCUUGAUUGCUUGUGUUGCGGACCACAAGAUUUUCAGUCAACCUGAAAUUAGGGGCAGAUUUGAAGCUCUGUUUAGAACAUUUGACAAAGAUGUCACCUUUCAUUAUUUCAAGAGUUUUAAAAGAAUAAGGCUAAACUUCAGCAAUCCUUUAUCAGCAGCUGAGGUUAAAAUUCGGUUACACAAGACAGAAUUUCUUGGAAAGGAAAUUAAACUAUAUUUUGCUCAGAGAUUGCAUAUUGGAAGGACACACUUAGCACCACCUGAUCCAGAUAAACAAUUCCUGAUUUCUCCUCCAACUUCUCCUCCUGUUGGUUGGGAACAAGCAGAUGAUGCUAGACCUGCUAUUAAUUAUGAUCUUUUAUAUGCAAUUUCCAAAUUAGGACCAGGGGCUCAAUAUGAACUUCAUGCUGCAACUGAAACUACUCCUAGUGUGGUGGUCCAUGUUUGUGAAAGCAAUGAGGAUAUUGAGUCAGAAGAAACAAGGAAAGUAGUCAAGAAACCAAAGCCAAAAAUUAUUAAAACUAGGCGGCCGGACUAUUCUCCAACUUAUCAAAGCUGAACUAUAUAAAGUUCUCAGUUCCAAACUGACAUGCUCAAGGAGACUUUGAAGAGAUAGCAGGACACACUUUGAUGACGCUAGAGAUGGAAGCAGAUAUUGUUAUGUAAAGAUCCUUUUCAGAAAGGGAAGUUAUCAUUUGUUAGUUGAAUGGCUUAUGAGACAGAUUCCGGUGUGAACUUUCUGAAUGGUUGUCUUGGAGACUAAUCAAACUGGGGCAUUGGGAGCAGAAAUAUAUACUUUGUAUUUAGGGAAUUACUCAGAUACUCCAGAUAUCUAAAAUCUAGCACGAUGCCUUCCCUGUUAAUGUAUUCAUUCUGUGAUAAAUUCCUCUUAAUUCAUGAGACAAUUAUAUUUCUAAAAUACAGUCACUAGUGAACACAUUGGAAUCAAUGAGUCAUAUAAAUAAGUGUGUUAGGAAUAUCAGCUGGGCUAAAGCAUCUGGAAAUACAGCAAAAUGUUUUUAAAAUGAAGUAACAAAUUGUUAGUCAUUUUCCAUAUUGGAUUUUUGUGCAUGCAUAUAGAUCUUAAAAAGUGAACUUGUUCAAUUUGAUCUGUACUUUUAAUUUAUGUUUUAAAAUUAUCUCAAAUUUUCAACUUUCUUUCUGAAUUGUUUGGUUUUUUAGUAGAUUUUCAGUACAACUGAAAGCUUAGUGAAAUAAUGUUUCUUAAUGUUAAUUGCCAAUGUAUGGUUUUGUAGAAAAUGUAUAAAAUAUCUGUGCAUCCUUUUAAUGGAUGAAUUGCUUUAAGUUAUUCUAAAAACAUUAAUACUGGUUUAAGCUACCUUGACCUCUUUAUUGACUAGAAAUAAAAGGAAUUGCAAAUACUGUUACAGUUUUCUCAACAGUUGAGAGGAUAUAAGCUUGUAUUGUCCUAGUCACAAAUGUAUACAUUUAUAACUGUUGCUGUUAAGUGUUGUUAAAGUUGUUUGAGUAUACUUACCUUGAUAAGAAAUAUGAAUUCUGGCAUUUGAGAAGAUGUAGUGCCUUUUUUCUCCUCAUGAAUUUCAAGAAAGAUUGUUGCAACAAUUUAGUGAUUAUUUCAUUCCCAACACCACACCACCCCUCACCUUGCAGUGGCAGUAACUGUUUGAUAGAAAUAUAUUCUGCUUAAAUAUCAUCAACUAAACCAGAGAUUUUUAAUCUUUCUUGAUUUACAAGGGCCAUUAGUGUUUCAGUAAUUUUUUCAUGGCAGCUGUAGACCAAAGGAAAUGUUUUAACAAUUUCAUUUAUUAAGUAGUUAGGUUCAAGUAGUAAGAUUUUAUGUCCUAACAACUUAAUAGACAUUGGGGGAAAAAUACACCUAAAUUCCAAGCACUUUUAAAAAGUAUUCUUAAAUAACCACAAUUAAUUAGUAAAAGAGUCUGUGUAUGUUUGUACACACAAUUUCUCAAAUCGUGAAAUCAGAUUGGACACCUACACCCUCAUUUUGUGUUCUACAUUGAUUUUCACACAAUACCUGCUUUUUUUUCAUAGCAACUGCCAAAAAAUCAGCUCCACAAAGAUUGGACAUUGCAAACCCCAACUUUACAAAGAAAUGGAGCAAAAAUUUAAAAUAUUCCAUGAUGCCCCUGUGAGUUUGCUAACCGCACACAGCUUGGGAACUGUUGAACUAAAGUAUAAUUCCAAGCCCUGCAUUCAAAGUCACAAUGCUUUUCCUUAAUACAGUACAUUGUGGUAGAUACUUAACUCCUUAUUUGUUUAUUUAUUUACUGACUUAUUGACUUACUGAGUAUUCUUUACUAGGGCUGUGCAAAUUACAGAAAUGAUUCAAACCUUAAGCCAUUAUAGUAUCUUUCUGCUGUUUUUUAAAGUAACUCAGUUUAUUUAAUUAUUGCAUGUGAGCCUAAAAAGCAAUGUGGCUGCUUUAAGAAUCACAUUAAUGUUGAUGAAUCAAUCCUUUAAAAUAGCCAUUUUGUUGCAGGUCUCUACAGAAGCCUGGGAAAAAAGAUUGCUUUUCUGAAUAGUAGAUGCAGAGUUUGUACAAGAUCUGAAAUAUUUCUUCCAAAUUAUUAUCGAAGGAUGCACUUUAGACCAAUUAGCUAUCACUGAAAGCCAAAUUGUUUUUGUACCAUAUUGUCAAAAAAACCCUCAGCUGCCAAGAGGCAUCACUUCGUAAAUGUUUCUAGGUAUUCCUUUGAAAUAUAUUCUCAAGUGGAUUGAAGAAGCUUUAAACAAAAUACAUUCUCCCGACUAUGAAAAAGUGUUUUUCAGCCUUUUUAUUUUCAGGCUGCUCACAUUUUUUUUUAAAAAAAACCUGGUUAGGUUUUGUUUUUUGUUUGUUUAGUUUACGGAUGUCAGUAGGAGACAUGUUGAAAAGAAGCUAUUUAUUUACAAAAAAAAUGAUAUGAGGGCUUUUCACUGUAAGUUUUUAUACUCACAAAUAGCCAAUCUCAAAUAAAUAGCUUUAUAAAGUCAGUAGUACAGAAUGGCUUGUAUUUUAAUAUUCUAGUUUUGCCCUACAUGCUUGAUAAAUCUUUCUUAAACAUACGCUGAAAGCUCUGAGGUCUAGAAGAUACCAUCUGUUUAUAUUUCACAAAAAAUGUUAAAUAUGCUGAGUGUACUGUAUAUAUAUUGAUCAGAAUGUGGAACUUAACAUCUCUGUGCCUGAAUUUACCCAUUCAGAGUAAGGCAUCUGUAAUGCUGCAGGAUGUGGAACUCUUGAAUAGGUAUACUCCAGUGCUUUGCUUCUGUUUUAUGUAACUUAAUUGAUUAAAACAUUAUGCAGAGUCCUUUGUUCUUGCCAAAUAUUACACUCAACAAAAUAUACUUUUUGAAUUUAGGGUCUUUAUUAUUUUCAUUACAUUUGAUACUGAUUAAUUAAUAAGAGAAGCAUGUCUUCCUUAGUUGUCACUAAUAUUUAUACAAAGAAUUUUACAUAAAUUAGAAUAUAAAAUUAAAUUUAUAAGCAAUUGUUAAAAAUAUACCAAGCAUUACGUUUUCAGAAUGUUAUUUAAUAUGUCCCAUGUUUAUUUGCAUGACAGGUAAUAAGAAUUAUUUGGAAUACUUCUUUUGUCCUGCAGGGAGUGCUAAAUACCCAAUAAUAUAGCAUUAAUUGCUGCAAUAAGCUGGAGAAACAUUCCAUUUGACCUAGAAAACUCAGAACAAAUGCAUUAUAAAUUCCAUUAUGAUGCAUAUUAAAAUGUAUUUUACCAUCCCUGCCUUAUUCCAAGGAAAUUGUUAGUCAUGCACAUAAUUCCUAUUCUUAUUAUACACGCCACUGAAUUAUUAAACUUAAUACUUAAUAAUAUUUUGAUAGCAUGUGUAAAACAUCAAUUGUCCAGUUUUAUCAAGUGACAUUUUCUCACAAAAAUGUUAAGCACCCCAAAAGUGCUACAAUUGAUUUAUUUGAUUUUUCUCCUCUUUUUAAGGAAAAACAGUGUUCUAUAUUUGCUCAGAUGAGAAAGAAUAUAUUUGUUUUGUACCCGUUUUAUCUGUUUACAGUGACUCAAUCCUGGAAAAAUAAAAUAAUUAUUUUUGCUGA